AUGGAUAAAGGAGAAAUCGUAAAAGAGGUAAUGGUUAAAAAGGAACAUGUUAAAGAAGAAAAAGAUAAAUAUAUUAAUAUCACCGACGCAAUAAACUCGCCUAUCCAGCUAAUUGAUCAAUUAAAAGGGUAUUAUUACAUAAAUCCUAUUAUAAUCCUAAGUUUAGGAAUCACUUUAUUUUCAUUUGCAGGUAUACCUCCUUUAAUAGGAUUUUUUGGUAAACAGAUGAUAUUAAGUGCAGCAGUGGAUAGCGGUUAUAUUUUUAUGGCAUUAGUUGCUAUAUUAACUAGUGUUAUAAGUGCUGUAUAUUACUUGGCUAUCAUAAAACAAAUUUUCUUCGACAAACCAGACUACAGUUUAAACAAAGAGCUGAAAGAUUUUAAUGCAGAUGGUUUAAUAACUGAAAAAAACACGGCCGUUGAAAAAGUUAGUAUACAAAUGAGUAAUAUUGUUAUAUCAAGCUCCUUAAGUUUAUCCAUUUCAGUUAUAACGUUAGUAGUAACAUUAUUUAUUUUUAUACCACAAGAACUGUUAAGCUUUGCCAAUAAAUUAUGCUUGAUAUUAUUUAAUUUAUGA